AUGGCGUCUCUGAUCUGCACCUUACAGGACCACCAGGACGAUGUCAACUGGUGUUCCUUCUCAUCCAAACUGUUAGCCACGUGCUCCGGGGACAAAACCCUCCGUGUCUACAACACCCGGGACUUCUCCGAGCUGCCGUUCUCGCCGCUGACGGGACACGGCUACGGUGUCCACUGCUGCUGCUUCAGCCCCUGCGGGCAGUUCCUCAUCUCCUGCUCCACGGACGCCACCACGAUGGUUUGGUCCACGACCACGGGUGACAUCGAGGCCGUCAUGGAGCAUCCCGGUCGCAGCCCCGUCAGGAUCUGUGCGCUGUCUCCGGACUCCCUCCACCUGGUUUCCGGUGCGUCUGACGGGACUUUGGCUCUCUGGGAUUUCCCCUCCAAACAGCUGCGCAGAACCGGGGGAGUGAGCGACACCACCAUGGUGGCCUGCUCCUUCAGCCCCUGCAGUCAGAUCUUCGUGACCGGCUCCACCUACGGAGACCUUCGUUUGUGGAACCUGGACUUGAACCAGCUCCACGCUGAGAAGAACGCCCAUGACCUGGGGGUCUCCUGCUGCACCUUCGCUCCCAGCAUCCUCAGCGGUGGUCAGCUGGUGCAGUUUCGUUUGGCCUCCUGUGGGCAGGACAGUCACUUGAAGAUAUGGGCCGUUAACAAGUUCAGCUCCGGAGCCUAUCAGAUGCAGCUGCUGCACACGCUAACGGCUCAGUCGGCUCCGGUCCUCUGCUGCUCAUUCUCCUCAGACGGACAGCUGCUCAUUUCUGGAUCUGUGGACAAAAGCGUUGCGGUUUAUGACACUAAUAAAGCAGCUUUGCUUCACAAACUGAACCACCACAAGAGGUACGUCACGGCGUGUUGCUUCUCUGCAUCUUCACUGCUGGUCGCCACGGGGUCCAUGGAUAAAUCUGUAAACAUCUGGAGGCUGGAGGACAGCUGCAGUGGACACGGAGGAAAGUCGCUGCCUGGUUUUCAGGAUUUGCUGUGUAGAGAUUAUUUGGUGAUUUUUCAGCAGCUGACCCUCUCGUCUCAACUCGUCCUCUCAGGGAAAACCUCGGCGCGCCGGUCCAAGCUGCUGGUCGCCGAUUGGUCGGAGGAGGACGUGUCGGAGUGGCUGGUGGAGGAAGGACUCCAGGGAUUGGUGGACAGAUUCAAGGCCAACAACAUGGAUGGGACGGAGCUGCUCCGUCUCACCAAGGAGACGCUGGCGUCAGAGCUGGGCAUAGAGUCGGUCGGCCUGCGGGGUAAACUGCUGAGGAAGGUGGAGGAGCUGAGGAGCGCUGCGGUGUGUUCAGGGGUUCCUGACGAGUUUCUGUGUCCCAUCACCAGAGAGCUGAUGAGGGAGCCGGUCAUUGCUGCUGAUGGGUACUCCUAUGAAAGAGAGGCCAUCGAGAGCUGGAUCAACACCAAGAACCGUUCCAGUCCCAUGACCAACCUGCCCUUACUGACCACUCUGCUCACCCCCAACCACACCCUGAAGAUGGCGAUCAGUCGCUGGAAGAGCAGCCAGUAGCGUCCAGACGGCCUGCUGAACAUCUAAAGUAGACAGGAACAGGAUCGCUCUGUGCCGGGACAUUUCAGGUUCAGGUAUCUUCUGGUGGUGGGCUUCUUCAGUCAUGCUGCGUUAAAUACACAAACAUCAGGAAAGACUUUGAUCUUUUUAUCUUGCUUUAUGCACAAGUCACUUCUUGACACUUAGAACUUUACUUCUUGUAGUUUAUCGUUGGAGCUGGAAAAAAAAAACGUC